AUGGGGAAAGCCGGCGCAGUUCUCAGAAGAUCAAUCUUUUCGUUCCUGCAAAACUAUCAGUACUUCACCUCAACGCCGGCACUCCUCGCCUUCCCAUUUGCUGUCUCAACUCUGCUAUCGCAGUCCCUCGUCUCCUCAUCGUCCCUCUUCCCAUUGGUUCAUGGUCGCUUGAGUUCUCUUUUUCUUGCUGCAGGCUUCCCUCCCUCUUCGGAGCUCUUCACCGUUCUCGGUCUCAAGCUGUCUCAAACAAUUCUUACAUUUUUUUUUGUCUGUCCCUUUACGUUUUCCUUUCUCCUCCUCGCCAAGGCGUCCAUCAUCAAGGCCGUCGGCCCCCACAAACCGGCAGAACAACCUUCAUUUUCUUCAUGGAUUCCACUUUUCUGUCCCCUUCUCAUCACCCAACUUUGCAACUCAUUAGUCAUUCUUGCGGCAAACGCCACUUGCUUCUUCCUCCUAGUCAUCUUUUUCAAUUUGUUCGACAUUUUGGGCCUUUUGUCCCCUCGAUCACAGCUGCUGCUUUCGGCCACAGGAGCGGUGAUUUACUCCAUCAUUCUUGCCAAUGCCUACAUUACAUGCAACUUAGCGUUGGUGUUGGCUGGAAUCGAAAAGCGUGGUGGCUUUAUCUCAAUACUCAAGGCUUGUGUUCUGAUCCAGGGCAGAACAGCAACUGCAUUAUCUUUAGCUGUGCCUAUCAACAUGGCCUUAGCUGCCAUUGAAGCCCUUUUUCAGUAUCGUGUCAUGAGUGCUUAUCAUCGAGCUAAAGGUCCCGAUUCAGCCAUGCUUCUUGAGGGAAUGUUCGUCGGCUACUUGUAUGCUUUACUAAUUGUUCUUGAUACGGUCGUCGGUUGUGUGUUCUGGAGAAGCUGCAAAACAGAUUUCCACACUGAUCGGGAAGAAGCGUACUCUCACCGGAUAGAAAUCAGAGAGAUAGAUGGCAAGUUUUUUGCAAAAACGGAGGCGUUUAACGGGCUUCUUUGA